GAUGGCACAGCGUAAAGGGCAAUAUAAAGCCCGUUCAGGCCCGAUUGCCGAUAUAUAUAUGCCCGCGACUGGUUGAUUGUUGGCGGCGGUCGGUUGUUGUUGAGCGGCAGCGGCGAUUAUUUAAAGCCAACCGUCGAAAGGUUUAUUGGCCGUGGCAAGAAUUGCCGGCUGAAUGAUGUUUGAUGCCUGGAUUAUGUUGUGGUGUGGUCUGAUCUUCUGACAGGGAUCAAUAUAUACAUAACAGAUACACGAUUCAUAAUUAAACAGUUUCUUGAAUGCGUGACCUCAUGGAGCCCAGUGUGCGCUACUACACAUCGCAGAGCUCCACGGGAAAUAUCCCAACAUACACAUCGCGCACCAAUCCCAACCGUUCCUCCAUCCAAAGGAAAGGCUCACAGCGGGAAGAAUCACAGCGCUACUUAAACACGGGGAAUGGAUAUAUCGGCCAGCAGCAGCAGACAUCGCGCAGCCAGGAAGAUAUUCGCUAUAUAACGAGCGGGGGCUCCAUUAGUCCGUCGCGCCGCAGUCCCCAACCUUCUCCGACGAGUCUUGCUCAACGCCGGAUUGCCCAUCAGCUGAAACUAAUGGCGGAGGAGGAACAAGCCUUAAACAGCACCGAUGACGAAUUCGACUUCAUGGCCAGCCGGCAUCGGCCCCGAGGCCGCAGUGAUUCCCAGUCCAACGCUAAUUACCAUCCGGCCUUCACUGGAGUGGACGCCACUACCGCCGCAUCCAGCAAUUCAACGGCCGGCCGCUACCGGAUUUUAACGGAUUCCACGCAGCGCCCGAAGAUGCGAACGGAACAGCGGCGUGCCAGUUAUUCCGAGGUCAACCUGCACCGGCCGCCGGUCAGGGACCAUCGUGCCCCCUCUCCGAAUAACCGCCGUACCACGCAGCUACAGCAGUUGUAUCUUGGCGGUAACGAUACAGUGCGGGAUUUCAAUCAGAAUUCCGGUAAUACCACAACGACGAAUUAUCCACAGAACUCAGCGCGGAAUCAUCGCAAUUCCACCGGCGAGGUACACCAUCGCCAGUUGCCCACGCCUCCUUCGCCGCACGAUCGCCGGCUGAUUGGGGGGAAGAUUGGUGGAACGGGACAGUAUGACAGUAUUUGUACAUCGGGUGGAAAUAGACGAGAGUUCUAUUAUGAAUAUGGAGGCUAUUAAUUAAUUUCUGGUUUUGUGUAUUCAAUGGUGUUAUGUAUUACUGUAUAGGCAUUCUUCGUAUGUUAUAAUAAUACUAUAUUACUCGGCUUCUUGUUGAUGGUUGGCGUUAAUAAUGAUUGUUUAUUUCGUAAAAUUUGCAAGUUGUACGAACAAGUAGGUUUAUGCGUGGUGCGGCUCUUUCUAAUGUGGCAAACGCUGGUUAACAAGAAGAUUCAGUA